AUGGAAUCCCAAUCUUCAUCUUCAGAGAAGGGAAAGGGAAGGGAAAAGGAGAGGGAAAGGGAAAGGGAAAAGGAAAAGGAAAAUGGGAAAUCUGUUGAGGGACUAAAAGAGAAGGUAAAAAAAGAGGGAUUGGGGUGGAUGGAGUGGCUCAGGGGGUGGAUGUAUUUAAUCUACGAGAUGCUGUUCCAGAGGAUUUUAGCCAGCCAUUUGCAGAAUCCAAUGCCUCUCCCUCCCAUUAAUGAUCUCACCUGCAUCGUCACGGGCUCUACGUCCGGCAUCGGCAAAGAAAUCGCGCGGCAAUUGGCAGAAUCAGGGGCACAUGUCAUCAUGGCUGUCAGAAAUCCUAAGGCAGCUAAUGAUUUGAUAAAGAAGUGGCAGGAGGAAUGGUCAGGAAGGGGCCUUCCUCUUAAUAUUGAGGUGAUGGAACUAGAUCUUCUCUCUCUGGAUUCUGUAGUGAGAUUUGCUGAAGCUUGGAAUGCACGUGCAGGGCCUCUGAAUGUUCUCAUCAACAAUGCUGGAAUAUUUUCCAUAGGAGAACCACAAAAGUUUUCGAAAGAUGGAAAUGAAGAACACAUGCAAGUGAAUCAUCUAGCUCCGGCACUGCUAUCUAUAUUACUUUUGCCAUCCCUUGUUAGAGGCUCCCCAAGCCGAAUUAUUAAUGUGAACUCUGUUAUGCAUUACGUAGGAUUUGUUGAUACAGAAGAUAUGAACGUUGUAUCUGGGAAAAGAAAGUACACAAGUUUGGUGGGAUACUCAAGCAGUAAACUGGCACAGGUCAUGUUCACCAGUGUUCUUCAUAAGCGUCUACCAGCUGAAGUUGGCAUAAGUGUAGUAUGUGUUUCUCCUGGAAUUGUCCAAACCAAUGUUGCCAGGGAUCUUCCAAAGAUUGUCCAAGCUGGUUAUCGUUUAAUACCCUAUUUUAUAUUCAGUGCUGAAGAAGGUUCUAGAAGUACACUAUUCGCGGCCACAGAUCCCGAAGUUCCUGAAUAUUGUGAGAUGUUGAAAUCGGAUGAAUGGCCGGUCUGUGCCUUCAUUUCUCAAGAUUGUCGUCCCACAAACCCUUCUGAAGAAUCUCAUAAUGUCGAAACAUCGUAUAAAGUGUGGGAAAAGACACUUGAAAUGGUGGGACUUCCCUCAGAUGCUGUAGAGAGACUUAUAGAAGGUGAAGAAGUUGAAUGCAAAUACGGAGCAUCCUAG